AUGUUGAGCUUCAUCACCGAUCUGUUCCCUGCUGUCUAUGCGGAGGAGAAGCACGAGGAGGAGGCUGCCCCUGCCGAACAGGAGGAGGAGGCUGCUCCUGCUGCUGAGGAGGAAGAAGAGGAGCCAGAGGACAUCAAGCCCGAGAUUGAGGAGGCUUGCGGUGAGACUGCUGCCUGCUUGCCAUUGAAGCACCACCUCGAUGAGUGCACCCGCCGUGUUCAGGAGGAAGGCGCCCACGAGGACUGCAUCGAGGAGUUGUACCACUUCCUCCACUGCGUCAACGAAUGCGCCGUUCCAAAAUACUUCAACAAGCUUGUCUAG